AUUCCAUGUGUGAAAGUCUAAGAGAGUGAGAGAGAGAGAGGGAGAGAUGGCAGAGUCAGGGAGGUAUUGUUACAGGGAAGUAGUUCCAUUCUGUGCAAUGGUUGCAGUUGAGUGUACCAACGUGGGUGUCAACGUUCUUUUCAAGCAAGCCACUCUCAAGGGAUUCAGUUACUAUGCCUUCAUCGUUUAUUCUUUCGCUCUCUCCACUCUUUUUCUUUUUCUCCCUCUCCCCUUCGUCUUCCAAUGGUCAAGAGGGCUUCCUCCAUUCAAUGUUUCUCUCGUCUUAAGAAUUUUUCUCCUUGGUACCAUUGGAUUUGUAGCACAGCUGAGUGGAUACAAAGGACUUGAAUACACUUCACCAACUCUCUUCUCUGCUCUUAGCAACCUUAUUCCGGCUUUUACCUUCAUCCUUGCAGUCUUUUUCAGGUUCUUAGGAUUCUCCCAAUGCUUUUUUGUCAAUUUUCUUAUACAACUAUUUGUCGAGGAAACUUAAUAAUUGGAGUGACGUAAAU